UGUGUGUGUGUGUGUGUGUGUGUGUGUGUCUUAAAGCAGCUAAGAGUUAAGAAGCUUUGUGAUCUGUUGUAGAAGUGCUUAAAGUGAGCGAUGGAGCGGCAGGGUAAAUGAGCGAGAAAGUAAGGAGGAGUAGAUGCAGAGCGAACCACAGAGAAACAGAUUGUGACAGGAAGAAGGGCGGAAAACUAAAAAAAAGUUUUAAUAUAACAGAAGAAAGCAAAGAGAAAGAGAGAAGAAGGGGGAGAGAAAAAGAGAGAAGGGAGAGAGGUGGUUGGUGGAUUAAAUCGGGUUAGAGAGGAUUAGUGUCUGUUUUGGUUUUGGUAGUAAAAUCACAUACAUGUCAGUCCCCACUGGCUGAUUCAAACACUUACGGACUGGACCAGAGGAAGAGGACGACGAAGAAGCGUGAAGAAAGCCCUUUCUUCUGCGGGGAGUCUGGACAAUCACCAUGUCACAAGUUUUGGAGGAGGCUGUCAGUGAGGUGCUGUCCAGUGUGGUGGACGACGUCAAUCAUGCGGUCGGCAGAAAUAUCAGCGGCGCUGAGCUUCUGCACGAGCUGCUGGGUGCUCCGUGGCUGCGCGCUCUGCUGCAGAUUUAUGAGUGCCUGCUGCAGUUUGAAAGGUCGACACCCACGCCCAUUCUGCCCUAUGCCUCAGGACUCUCCCAUGAGAUCAUGAGUGUGAUACAGAAGCUCCACCGUCCAUCAGUUGAAGCCCGAGAGCUCUACAACCUCCUCAGCUCUCCACACAUCCAGGGGCUUCUGUCAUCCCAGGACAGUGUGGCUCAGUCUGACUAUGGCCCCGUGUUGCCUCCUCUGCCUGACUACAUGCCCGAGGACGAGGAGGCCAUGAGGGUCAUCUGUCUGGUAAAGAACAAUCAGCCACUGGGGGCUACAAUACGGAGGGACGAGGAGACGGGAGAGAUCUACAUUGCCAGGGUGAUUCACGGAGGACUGGCUGACCGCAGCGGACUACUCCAUCCCGGAGAUAUGCUGGUGGAGGUCAAUGGGAACCCUGUGGUGGGCCUGGAACCAGAACAGCUGAUCAAGAUCCUGAUUAAUUCCCAGGGAACCAUUCUGUUUAAAGUGAUUCCUGAUGCAGCGCAAAGCGUCGGCAGCCAGACAUCGGUGUUCAUGAAGGCGAUGGUGGACUACUGCCCCCUGCAGGACUCCUCCAGCCCGUGUCCCAAUGCGGGGAUGGCGUUCAGCAGAGGGGACGUGCUGGAGGUUGUCAACCAAUCAGACGGGCCCUGGUGGCAGGCCAGGAAGCUGCCGUGCUCUGCAGCCUGUGCCGGGCUCAUUCCCUCGGCCAGCACGUUGAAAAGUAAACUGAAGGAGCAUUGGUGGUGUCAGCCAUUACACGUCCAUACUUGCAUCAGGACCUUAUCUGUUCCAGAGGACGAUCGGACACACGCUGAAGACAAACACAAAGUCACAGAGCUGGAAAAAAUACAUUUUGAUGAAGACGAUGCUGAUAUUACUGAUGGAGUCUACCUGGCUGGUUUCCGGCGGAGUUUCCGUCUCUUUCGGAGGAUGUCCUCCAGGAAGAGACGGCAGUCCUGCACCUCGUGCUUGCCCAGCAGCGACACCCUGUCCACUCCCUACGAGGAGGUGGCUCUAUACCAGCGCCCCCUGCAGGAGAACCCCCGCCUCAUCAUCCUCGUUGGUGCUGCAAAAGUUGGAGUUAACGAACUGAGGAAGAGACUCAUCAAAUUGAACUCAUUGACCUUCCAGGCACCCGUACCUCACACCUCUCGUCCAAUCAGAGCAGUGGAGCAGAUGGGAAGAGAGUACCACUUUGUCACCAAAGAGCUGUUUGAGUACAUGGUCUGUAACCACAGGUUUGUGGAGUACGGCGAGUACAAGAGCCACCUGUACGGGACCAGCACCGAUGCUAUUGACGAGGUUCUGAAACGAGGACGGAUCUGCAUAAUUGAUGUUGAACCAAAUAGUAUCCAGUGGCUGCGGACGAAGAAACUAAAGCCCUACGUGAUCUUCAUCAAAGCUCCGAGUCCGGACAGACUGAGACAAACCCGGGGAGACGGCCGAAUCCUCACCAACUGCACCGUCAACAGAGCCUUCACAGAGGAAGACUUCAUGAAGCUGGAGGAGGCAACCCAGCUGAUGGAGGCAAAGUACAAACAACUGUUCGAUGCCGUGCUGGUGAACGAUGACCUGCAGGACGCCUGCAUGCAGCUCUGCUCCAUUAUCCAGGCAGCGCAGGACGAACCACAGUGGAUCCCCGUCGGCUGGAGCCAGACAGAUGAGUAACGAGACAAAGGAAAGGAGAGAAUAAGAAGGAGAGGAAAGGAUGAGGAUAUCAAGACUACGAGUGUGAAUAACAAGAGAUAAAAGACCUAGAUGCGUUGGAUGAAACGGGACAAUAAAAAUAACUAACUGACUGAUCACACUUUCUCACGUUACCUCGUUGCUACUGCUAAAUGCUGCACUUUAAAGUUUAUUUUAAUGAAACUAAACCUCUUUUUGGAUACUAUGUAUGGUCAGUAUUUUUAGACGUAAUAUAAUUUAAUGUAUAUACAUUUAGGGACAAUCAAAAUAACUUCAAAAUUUCCAUUAACUUAUGGGUAGAAACCUCCUGCGUCUGGUACUUAACAUUUAAUAUUGCUAAACUAACAGUUUCAAGAAACUUACAAGAAUAUAGAAACACUUACAACUGAAAAUUACAACAGAAAUAAACUAGUUUUCAAUACACAUACUGUUUAUAUAUUGCAAACUAGUUUAUUUCUGUAUGUAUAUAUAUAUAUAUA